GCUGGUCCCUUCGAGUUUCACAUUCGCCCCGUUUGCUCCAGGACGAGAGGCGCCAGAGGUUAUUCAGCAUGGCUCAGCCUCAUCCCAUUAGUGAUCCCAAAUAUGGUGGAUGUAACGCGUGCUGGCUCGACCAAAAAGCCUGUCAAACUCGCCAUUUCCGCAUUGGUUGAACAUCAAGUAUUCCCAGGCAAUCGUCCAUGUUGAUCAUGGCGUCAAUAAUUAGUUCCCAAGUGAUCGAAUCACUGACCCCGGGCCGAUUCAUCGCGGCCCUUAUUCUCCUCACCAUCAGCUCCUUCGUCGUCGACUUCGCACGGAAGCCCCUCUAUUCGAAGGCGCUUCCUCGAGUUGGGCCAGGCGGUAGCUUUCUAGGGACACUCAAGAGCUGGGCCUACUUCCUAACCCGUUAUCACACCUGGGUCGCAGAGGGCUACGAGAAGUACUCCAAACAAGGACGCGCCUUCGUGGUUCCCUCUGCCCCUUACCGCCCACAGGAGAUUGUCAUACCCCGUUCACAGGCAGCAUGGAUGCUCGAGCAACCCGACCGCGUGCUAUCGACCAAGGAAGCGCAUCGGGACACCCUGCACAACGACUACCAGUUCUUCGGGGUGGAUGACGAGUUCCCUAUCCGGACUAUCCACAAGCACCUUGCACGCAACAUCGCCUCUCUUAUACCCGCCGUACAGGAGGAAGUCCACGCCGCGAUUGACGAUACUUUUGGGAAGGAUGUUGAGAACUGGACAUCUCUCAAUCUAUGGGAAGCUUGGUUAGGAAUCAUCCCGCGGGUGACCAACCGAAUCCUUGUCGGCGCCCCGUUGUGCAGGAAUCAGGAGUUCCUCGACUGUCAAGUCGGUUUCGCCAAUGAUGUGGUGCGCAACGGUUUCCUGCUGGACAUGGUCCCGCACAUCUUCCAGCCGCUUGUCGCCCCGUUUAUUGUUCUUCCCAAUUGGUGGCACUGGCGCAAAUCCUACUCCCAUGCUAGGCCCGUGAUCGAACAACGGCUGUACGACUUGGAGCGUCAGGAGUCGGGCGACGACCCGGCCGGCGACGAUUGGAAGGCGCCGGAGGACAUGCUAACUUGGCUGAUCCGGCAAGCCAAAGCGGAGGGUCUCACCAGCGAACUUAACCCGGAGAUGCUUUCCAAGAGAAUCCUCCCCGUGGAGUUCGCGGCGAUACAUACGACAGUCACGACGGGCUUCAACCUGAUCCUCGAUCUGCUGUCGUCGGACCCUUCGCUGGGAUACAUCGACACCAUCCGAGAGGAAACGUCCCGCGUCUUCGCCGAAGAGAACGGCGCCUGGACCAAGCAGGGUCUCGCCCGCCUCCACCGCACCGACAGCGCCAUCAAGGAGAGCAUGCGCUUCAGCCACUUUGCCAGAGCGCUCACACACCGCAAGGUGGUCGCUCCCGAGGGCGUGACGAACCCGGUCGAGGGGUGGCAUGCGCCGUACGGAGCGUUCCUGAUGCUGGAUCUGGCGGGGACGCACCGCGACCCGGAGCUGUACCCGGAGCCGGACAAGUACGAUGCCUGGCGGUUCUCGCGCCAGAGAGAGGCCUACGAGGCGAAGUCGGCCGAGGAGAAGGGCGAUGCCGAAGAGGCGAUGCGGGUCAAGAAGUUGGGCAUGGUUACCACGAGCGCGGAGUUUUUGGCCUUCAGCCACGGCAGGCACGCCUGCCCCGGGAGGUUCUUCGUUGCACACGAACUCAAGAUGAUCUUGGCCUAUUUGGUGCAGAACUAUGAGUUCAAACCGUUGGCCGAGAGGCCGAAGUCGAUAUGGAUUGGGUCGAGUUUCAUUCCUGAAGUACAGGCGAGGAUCGAAGUGCGGAGGCGGAAGAGGCGUGUAUGAUCCCCUCUCUGACUGCACCGAGUAGGCCAACUUGACGACUAAACU